CUAACAAUGAGAAUAUCAUCCUCUAAAACGACCUAGAUUCUACCUAUCAACCCUCCAUUCCGGACCACAUACCAUUGAAUCCUAAUCCCUCAUGAAGGAUUAAGUUGAAUCUUCCCGUGGGUCAAAAUAAACACCACGACGGCUGCAAGCGAGAUUUCCAGACUUUCUCCAUGCUGCAACCUUCUUUGAUGUGGAUGAAUUCUAUGAUCCUUCUUCUCUCUCCUUAACUCCCUCCCUCUCUCUACCUCUCCAUAGUCUCGACGCUCAUUGAGGAAGGAGGAUUAUCCGGACGCUCAGAGUCCUUCAUUCAACCUUUCUUCCCCCAAUCUUCCUCCUUCCUCUUCUUCUUUACUCCUCUCGACUCUCUCCUCUCUCCUCUCUUCUCUCCUCUCCUCUUUCUCCAAAGUCAAACAAACCACUCUGAACUCCUCCUGCAAACCCGACCUCCCGUCAAAAUCCGAUCCUUCCACCUCAAUUGAUCCCGUCCUUCUCUCGCGAUCCCCAUGAUCUUUCACGUCUUGCCUCUUCCCUGUCCAUCCCACAGCUAGUGGUUCGUGAUUAUCCACGUCGUUACCACCCGUCUCAUCAACGACCUCCUUUUUUCUCACCACCUUUUUUUUUUUUUUUUUUCCCUUUUCGCCCGUUUCCCCCUUCAACCCGCGACUCCGCCGCUUUCCACCUCUUCUUUUCUACCAUAUUUCCCCAAAAAUUCUCCCUGAAACGAACUCGUCAUGGAAGAUGAUCUGUCGGAUAUCUCAGAGCUGAGCUCACCACCCGCCUCCCCUUCUCCUCCCCCGGGCUUCUAUCCGUCGCCGCCCCCAUCCCAGGACACAGACGCCUCCAGCACCGGGCGUGGCCGCCAAGACGAACAACCGCCCGCCAGGAAGAGGCGUCGGGUGGCCCUCCCCAAAGAACGCUGCACACAACAUCUCGAUCUCUCCGCCGACUCCGGUCUCUCUGCCUCCGAACAGCAAGAUCAGAUCGAUCUUCUCACCAAGGCUCUCCGGACGCACCGAAAGAUCGUCGUCAUCGCAGGGGCGGGCAUCUCCACCGCGGCUGGCAUCCCCGACUUCCGCUCCACGGAUGGUCUCUUCAAAUCCCUCCAGAAGAAGCACAACCUCAAAGCUUCUGGCAAGCUGCUCUUCGAUGCCGCCGUCUACCAGGAUGAAAACCUUACCGCCUCCUUCCAAGAUAUGGUGCGGUCGCUGUCCGUAGAGGCCACCAAGACCGAACCCACCGCCUUCCAUCACAUGCUCGCCCGCUUGGCCCAGGAGAACCGCCUCACUCGUCUCUACACCCAGAAUAUCGACGCCAUCGAGUCCUCCAUGGAGCCCUUGGCCUCGCAGAUCCCGCUCAACGUCAAGGCCCCUUGGCCCCGCACCAUCCAGUUGCACGGCAGCCUCGAGAAGAUGGUCUGCCAAAAGUGUCGCCAUCUCAAGGACUUUGACCCCGUCAUGUUCGACCGCCCGGAUGCCCCGGAGUGUCCCGAAUGCACCCUCAACAACCAGCUGCGCGUCGAGACCGGCCAGCGCAGCCACGGCAUCGGCAAAAUGCGCCCGCGCAUCGUCCUUUACAACGAACACAACCCCGACGAGGAAGCCAUCACCUCCGUCAUGAACGCCGACGUCCGGUCGCGCCCGGACGCCCUCAUCGUCGUCGGCACCAGCUUGAAGAUUCCCGGCGUGCGCCGUCUCGUCAAGAGCCUCUGCCAUGUCAUCCGGAGCCGCCGGAACGGCAUGACCAUGUGGAUCAACAACGAACCCCCCGUCGGCAAGGAGUUCGAGAGCUGCUGGGACCUGAUGAUCAAGGGCGACUGCGACAAGGUCGCCGAGCUUGCCGCCCUGAAACGCUGGGAUGAUUCGUCGGAGACCAUGUUCCAGGAGUGCAACUCCGAGGAGAUGGAGCGGGCCAAGCGCGAGAACGAGCUGUCUGUCGUGAUCGGGACGCCGCGGAAGGCGCAGAAGACGUCGACGGGGUUCUUGACCCCGUCGUCCAGCCACGACGAGGACGGCCAACUCCAGUCGAUGGUCGCAGACGGGACCCGGGCGAACCCGGCCAGUCGGGGCCGCAGCAUCGAGCAAGUCCUGCAGAAGGCAGCUCCGAAGAACGCGGCCCCCAAGGCCGCUCCGAAGGCCGCUCCGAAAGCAGCUUCGAAAGCAGCCCCAAAGAAGGCGGCUCCCAAGAAGGCCGCCCCGCGGAAACGCACCAAGAAGGAGGAGCCGGCCAAGAAUGCGCGCAUCACGACAUUCAGCAAGGUCACCAAGGGGGCUCCAGUCGCGGCAGACAAGUCCGUCAAGCUGGAGAAGGACGAUACGACAGCCAUGCACCCGCUGCCGCCCGGCGCGGCGCGCAACAACGGGCCCAUGUAUCCGCACUUAGCAUCCAAAGGAGAGACCACACCGACACCAGAUCGGUGGCGCCAGCCGGAGACGAUCUCCCCAAAGUCGGUCCCAAACGGGAUGGGCGAUCUGUUGAGCAAGCCGGUUGCGUAGCAUCCUUUCCUUGUCUUCUGAUGAUUGUUUCCGUCUUUCUAUGUCUCUGUUAUUUGUGUUUGUCUUUGUUGAGAUACCAUGAUAGACCGGCGUGUCUGGCGUUUGGGUAGUACGUCCGAGUCGCGUUCGGGUUGGGGGGGUUGUAUUUUCUUCAUGGGUGCAUGUAUGGUAUGCAUUGGGCGUUUGCUGGUGGUUAUCUUUGUUUAUUGUAAUCGAUUGGAUAGUCGAACAAUCUUACGGUUGCGACGGAGUCGCUAUACAUGGACAUGAA